AUGAAGUUCUUUAAUUGGAUGCAAAACAAGAUUAAUGGAGAACAGUCGGCAUCAGAACUGAGCAGCAAAAAACUUAUCGGGGUUCCCACUGAAAACAAUAUUGUUAUGCCAGAACGCCGGAACGAUGAAUUCAGCGAUUGGCCAAAUGGGUUACUAGAAAUUGGCACAUUCGGUUACAACAGUACUGAUCUUACUAAAGCUGGCCAAGAAUCAUUGUCGUCAUCUUCAGAAAGGCAUGCUCGCAGUGAUUGCAAAGAUAGUCGAACAACUGAACAAGAGAUUAGUCCAUCAUUAUCAGAAGUAUUAGGAGACGGUAAUUUAGAAGAUUUUACACCAAAAGAAGUUGAAAUACUACAUGAGGAAUUAAAAAAGUUAUUGUCGCGUAAACAAAAACCAGCUCUUACAGAAGAAGAACAGUGUAGGACAUUAUCAGGAAGAAGAGGAGUCAAGUUGUUUAAUCUUCCAUUGGACAAGUUUCUGAACUGCCCGUCGAGUUUAGAAGUUGAACGUAAAGUUAUUAAUGAUGUUCCAUGUGAACGAGAGCUUCGACCUAGUUUAAGUGUUAUAUCAAGCAUGAGAAAAAGCUCAAGUCCAAAACGUACUAAAUCACAAAAGAAGAAGUCGAUAUAUCUUCUUCUAAAGAAGAUGUUUGUUUGUAGAAGUGGUUUCCCUCCUCCGGCACCUCCAAGUUUUAGUGAUUCACUCCCUGAAUCCCAAAUCGAAAAGCUCUUGAGGGAAAUAAUUAAGGAGAAGCUAUAUUGUCCAAAAACCUCGCCUACUAGACCAAUUGCAAGCAAAUUCUUACAGAACGGAAACUAUUAUGUGGAAACAGAUAAAGAAGAUGAUGGUAAAGAUAUUGUUCUAGAGAUAUAA